GCUAACUUGAGGAAUCCCAUGUACGCAAUGGAUUUGGAGCAUCUGUUAGCCAGGUUUAAUUUGAAAAGGAGAGAUGGGCUUGUGGACUACUUAAAAUUUGUGGAAAAACUGCAAAGCAGAUCAAAUCUAAGUCUAUUCAACAAGAUGCUUCCAAAACUAAAUCACAGGCUUUAUGCUGAUGGUGAAAAUCCCCGAGUCUAUAAAGAUGGUCUGACGGCUUCUGAAGCUGAGGUUUGCUUGUUAAAACAGUGUCACAGGCUUUUCCUUCAACUGUUGACAGCAUUCAGAAAAGCUGACAUUUCUGACCAUGAGACUGUCAGUUACCACGAAUUUAAGGAAAUCCUUGAAAAGGUUUUCCAAAUUCAACUGACGAAGGAUCAACUUGACACCAUUGUGAACAAAGCUGGCUACCUGGAAAACAAUUUGGUUGACUACCCCAAAUUCCUUCUUCUCUUCCAAGAUAGACCUAGCACAUGUGAACUGAAGGAAGAAGUAGCCAGAUUCUCUCUACGGCUGAAAGAUCAGAAUAUUCGUGUGGAUAGAAUACGCUACAUAGAAAGAUUUGGAGGAGACCUUGCCAGAUACAGCCACGCUCAGAAACAACGUCCAUUACAGGAACUGCGCACAAUAGUUCACAACCUCCUGCAAAGGAAACUACGUUCCUUUUGUAAAGUUUUCGUAAAUGUGUGCAAAAAUGAUGCCUGCACAGCAGAUAAAGAGAAGCUGGAUAGUGUACUACUAAGAAUGAAUAUUAUACUCCUUCCUAUGGAACUUGAAAAACUGUGGCAUAGUUUGCCAAUCAGCUACCCUGUGGAGGCAAUCUCUCUGCGAAAGCUACUCCGACAUUUCAGCAGAUGUAAGAACGUUAGGGAAUCAGGAGGCAAAUAUCUGCAGGAAAGCCCUGUGUUCCUCACUUUGAAUAAACUUCGGCGAGACAUAGUCGACCACUGGAAUGAUCUGAAGUCUGUCCUUAAGGAGCGAGAUCCAUGCGGUACAGGGAAGGUACCAUUUAGAGAUGUCCAGGCUCUUUGCAUAACUCUGAAGUUGAAUGUUCUGCCAACAGAGAUCCAUAAAUUGUGUCAAGCUUUUGAUCAGAAUAAAAAUGGAGAGUUUCAUUACAUUCCAUUUCUGAAGUUCUACGUAAAGAAAAAACAAGGUAAAAGCUUGACAUAAUCAACUGACUAAACGACCAUUCAAACU